AUGCAGCCGCCACAACCAUCAAACAACCCUUCUCUUCCACCAUCAUCACAACAACAAGACUCACCACAAGCUGAAAAAGCUGAAAGCAAGCCUUUCACACCUUUGAGUACGUCCACGAGUGUUCAUUCUUCUACUGAUCAUCCUUCAAGUCCAUUCAUCAACACUAUGGAUCCAAUCACUCUUCCAUCCAUUGUUCCAGAAAACAACAACAAGAAGGAUGACAAACCACCUCUGGUUCCUCCAUUCAGUCAUUCUUCCAUGAGCCAAGAAGAAAAUCAUCAAUCUAACACCAUUACCAAGAUGGAAGAAUCAUCAUCAAACAAUCAUCAUCCAACAUCAAAUUCUUCGCACCUUUCAACGACCGCACCAACCAUCCCAACAUCAUCAUCAUCCAUAACAACAAAUAACAACAAUGAUGUAACCACUACUAGCACACCAUCAACCCAAGGAUUAGCCUCUCCACCACAACAACCCUAUCAUAGACCUAUUGCCAAAAGUUUUAAGAGUCCUCCACCCUCUGAUUUCUUCGUAAAUAUUGCUGCAAAUUUAAGUUAUUCAGCUAUUGCUCAAUACUUUCGAUUACCUCUUCAUGAGGCUUGUGUGUUCUUGCACGUCGAUGAGUCCUCUCUCAAGAAGAGAUGCCGAGAACUUGGUAUCAGAAGAUGGCCAUACAGAAAGAGAGGCAUUGCUAAAUCCAACAACAACAAUAACAACUCGAAUGGUAAUAACAACAACUCGUUCAAUACCAACAAUGGAAACAUGCAAUCAAAUCCUCAGAACACAGAAGAAGAUUCAGAAUCGUUGUUUUCAUGUUUUCAAUUACACAAGAAGGUAUCCAUCAAACAUUCAUCCUCCUAUUCGCAUCAUCAUCAAAAUAACAACCCUACGACCUUCCAUCCAAAAUCGAGUGAUGAAGCUGUAGCUGCUGAAGUGUUAGGUGCUAUGUGCAUCUCCUCUUCUCAAAGCUCACCUUCCAUACACCAGAAUUUGUCUUCACCAAAACCAAAUGGUCCAAUGAUCAUGUCAUGUCAGCAGCAACACAACUCCAAUUACUAUCCGAUGAUGCCACCACCACCACCACAACAGCACAUGGCUUGUUCCUAUGGUGGUCCUCCUCCUCCCUCGUUCACACCUCAUGCGUAUGAUACGUGCAAUCGAACCAUCACGGUACCACCACCACCUCCAAUAAUGGGCAACAAUCAUCAAAUACCAACUACUCAACAACCUCCUUAUCAGAAUGGUUCCUAUUGUAGUAAUGCACCACCACCACCAUCACUCUCAAUACCUCCUCCACCAUUACCACCUUAUUCUCACCACUACCAACACUAUCAGGGAACGAAUGGAGGCACAUUCACAACAAACCCACCACCACCUCAACUGCAUCAUCAGGUUGUAUCGACUUGUGCAGCGACUCCAAUUCAAACACAACCGAAUGGUGGUGGAACUCCACAACAAGUUGUGAAUUCACAAUCGUCUGGUGGUGGUGGUGGUGGUGUUGUUGCUAGUUCUGAGACUCAACAACAGGGUAUUGUUCUUGCUUCAGGAAGUGUCAUGGUGAAUCAUAAUAACAAUCCAUCACAACCAUCAUCUACACAACAGCAUCCGUUGUACUAUCCUCAACAGCAGCAGUCUCCACCAGGAGUGAUGGGUGGCAUUAACUAUGGACCAUAUCCAUCACCGCCACAUUCAUUACCUCCUCAUAAUAAUGGAUAUGGCUACCACUAUCCACCACCAUAUCCACCAACAACUCAUGAAAAUUCGACACAGCAACCCAACCAUGGUGCCUCUGCUCAGCCACAACAAGUGUCCUAUCCACCUGUGAUGGUACCUCAACCACCACCACCAUAUUCACAGCCUCACCCUCAACACCAGCAGAACUAUAUGCCACCACCACAAUCGUCAUUGCCUCAACCACAGAAUGAAAAGGUGAUUCAUGAAGACUCGUCAAAUACUAAUACCAAUGGAGGAAUGCAACCAUCAGCAACAACAACAACAAAUCAAUCUACUUCCUCUUCUGUGAAUAAUAGUACUAAUAGUGCCACCCCUAGCAAUGCAUCAAGUGGCAACCAUGCAACGACCACUCCCAUUGCUACAAAUUCAAACACAACCACCGCAACAGCACUAUCGACUCCAGCAACAAGUACUACUAAUGGCUCAGCCACUCACACCAUGGUGUCAACAAGUUGUUCAUAUCCUCCUCAACCAUUGCAAACCUAUGGACCACCACCACCCUCUCAUUAUGGAUACUAUUAUGAUCCUUAUCGAUCAACACCACCAACUCAAUACCAACCACAACCAGGAAUGUAUCCAUAUCCUCCACAGCCACAACAGAGCACUAAUGGUGGAGUGACACUUCAACCAGGAAUGUAUCCAUAUCCUCCUUCUCAACAACAACAACACUAUUCGAAUGGAUAUCCACCUCAAAGUUACCCAAUGAAUAUGAAUGGAGGUGUCAAUACACCAACAAUGGAUGGUCCGACCUAUCCAUAUUCACAUCAGCAAUAUGGAGGUUAUUCUCAAGUGCCACCACCACCACCACCACAUCAUUCAUUCACGAAUGCUCCUUAUGGUCCUCCUCCUUCUCACUCACAACCACCGUUCAUGACAGCUUCCUCCUCUUGGAAUAAUUAUUUACAGCCUACUUGCUUACAAGGUACCACAACUCCAGCAACUGGUACCGCAACUACUACUACUGCUAAUACAAGUGGCAGUGGUAUCGCAAGUACUACUACUACUACCACUUUGAGUGCCAAUAAUAGUAAUAAUGGACAAUCACCACCUUUGGUUGCACUCAAUAGUGUUGAUUCACACGUGCAUGGUGUUGUUGGUGUUAUUCAACCUUGCCGAACAAUUGCAAGUUGUGGAACCAGUGGAGGAUCAUCUUCUUCUGGUGGAAGUAAUAAUGGAGAUGUGACAUCAUCGACCUCACCUCAGCCUCCAUCAUCAUCAUCAGGACGAACCAAGAUGAUUUACGAACGUCAAAAGAAAAUCAUUCAACCAGUGAGGACUUAUCAAGCAGAGACUGGUGUGGAUUCAUCUUCACCAUUGACCAAACGAGAUCGAUCUGAGGAAGUUGAAUCACCGAUUGCCACAAAGAAGGUUACUUAUUCUCAACCUUGUGCCUCAAGCACUUCCAAUGUUGUUGCUUCUACCAAUGUCAAUACCACAGCAACAUCAGUGACUGUCGAUCAAAAGUAG